CACACUAUCUUCUUCUUUACCAAAUGUAUGAAAUUUCCAGGGAUCAAGUCCAUGGACAUUGACCAGGACAAGUGCACGCUGACGGUGGUCGGCACCGUCGACCCGGUGCGCGUCGUGCAGAAGCUCAGGAAGUCGUGCUUCGCCGCGACCGUCGUCAGCGUGGACGACGACAAGCCGAAGGAGAAGAAGACCCCCUGCCAGGAGGCCUGCGAGAAGGCCUGGAAGGAGAAGUACGAGAAGGCCUGCGAAGAGAAGUGCGAGAAGGCUUGCAAGGAGCCGUGCUGCGACGACUGCAACAAGGGGACGCCGUCGUACGGCUAUGGGUACCGCUGCACGCCGGGCUGCCACUCCAGCCCCUGCGGCCUGCCCAGCUGCCACUACUACAGCAAUGGCUACCACGGCUACGGCGUGCGCGCGCCACCGGCGCCGCCACUGGGAUACGCCUGCUAUGAGGAGCAGUCACGCGGAGGCGGAGGAGAAUGCGGCAUCCAGUAAGCCGUGGAUUCGUCAUCGUCGUCCUGCAGGAGUGUGUAUGGCCGUGUCGUUGGAGUUCUCUUUUCGUACAGUGAUGAUUCCUUUUCCUCUGUGACACGACGGCUUACUUCCGGUUUGAUGCUUCAGUCUGCCUAUAUACUACUAGUGUAUAAGUAUAAUAAAAGCUCAUGUCGGCCAGCAUUUCUAUUUGUAGAUACUGAUGGUUACCUUAUGAAUUUAUAUUGGUGGUUCAAAGUUCACUCCGCCUAUGCGAAAGGGCAA